AUGUCUAGCUCAGGCCCUAAUAAGUUGCGGCCGUAUUAUGACCAUGAUACCUUUGAUGCGGGUUAUUCUGUGAUUUAUAAGCCAAGUGUCGGGUUGAUUGAUACUCAAACAAGUAGACCUAUUUCGUCAUUACUCAAAUCGUCAGUAUCUUCCAAAAAAUUAUCUGAUGGCAGUGGGAACUUCAGCCCAGGGAAAAGUAUUGGAUUAUCAGGAUUUUCCUCGAUAAAAGAUUCAGCUGCAAAUAAGUCAAUUGGUGCUUCAGAUAAGAAUUAUGUUUAUGAUUUGGAAUUCCAAGAAUACUUUGAUUUUAAUAACUUAUCUGAGCUAUUCAAAAAUUUAGUUUGGAAUUUUUGUAAAAACUACUUCAAAGUUGUUUUAUCUCAACCAUUAGAAAUUGUUAGAUUGGUAUUACAAGUUGGUUAUUUCAAUUUCGAGGCAAAAAAUGAUUCUAAAAAAUCUAAUUCUAAAAGUAAGAAUUAUUCUCGUUUAUUAGAUACUUCAACUUCAACAUUAUCUCCUCAAGUUACGGAUGUUUCUGACUCGGAAUCAGAAGCCGAGAUUAACUAUUUCCAAUCCACAAAUGAUGUGGCUAAUGCUUCGAAUCCUUAUAUACCUAAUUCCACCCUUGGUAAUAAAAAGGCUUCAUCAAAAAAGAGUCGUACAUUGAAAAAUUUGAAUAAAAUUCAACCAAUUUCAAAACAUACUAUUGAUAUAAUGACGGCAGUUGCUUCAAAAGAUGGUCCUUUGGCUUUAUUCAGAGGAGUUAAUGCUCAAUUCAUACAUCAAACCUUAUCUCAUACUAUCGAAGCUUGGAUCACUGGGUUUAUAUCCCCAUUCUUGGGCAUUCCAGAUCCCUUCUUUUUAGAUUUAACUCAUUCAACUGAUCCUUUCAAAUCUUUUUGGUUGUCUGUUCUGGCUUGCGUCUUAACUGGUGUUAUUUUAAUGCCUUUGGAUUUAAUCAAAAUUAGAUUAAUGAUUACUCAAUUUAAUAAACCUCUGUUGACUGAUUCCCCAAAUUCAAUUAGCUCUCCAGAAUCAUUGGAUUCACCUAACCUACUGACUCAGGAUUUAGCAAAUACCACCAAUAUUGAUCAACCAUCACCACGUACUAAUAAAAUUAAUACUCGUUCAAUAAGAGAUUCAAUUCGUAACUAUCCUAUCCAACUUUUAUUGAGACCUCCUCCAACAAUUGCUUUACUUACUAUCUUACAUCAAUUUUCAACAAGUGUGUUUAGAAAAACUGCUCCUUACCUCAUGUAUAUUAGAUUCAAUAUUGAUAGUUAUCAUUCAUCAAACCUUUUCACUCUUAUCAAUUUGAUUUUAUUGAUUAUGGAAUUUUUCAUAAAAUUACCAGUUGAAAAUUUAUUAAGAAAAGAACAAAUCAAUUUCUUACUAAGGCCCAAAUCUUUAGAGGAGGAUGAAAAACGUGUUGUCACAAUUGAUAAUCCAGAUGAAGACUUGAUUGUUGAAUACAAUAGCUGGAACCUUCAUGAAACUCUUUACGAAGAUAACCUCGAUGAUAAUGAUGAUAUUAAUGACGCAGAAAAAAAAUCCAUUUCUUUGAUUAAAGCUGGUGGAAUCACCGGAUUUUUAGAAAAAGUUAAACGCUUAAAUCUUUUUAAUGGUUGGAGAGUCGGUGUAUUGAAUAUCAUUGGUUUUUGGGGUUAUAACAUCUUGAAAAGUAAUAAUAGCUCAAUUGCAAGAGAAGAAAAGCUUUGA